AUGACAGACUUCCACCUCUUCAAUAGGCUUCCCGCCGAACUGCGAUAUCGUAUAUGGCAACUAUCUCCUCAAUCGAGGGACGUUGUCCUUGUUCUUCGCAAUGGAACAUGGCGUUCUCUUACCAAGUCACCAGCAGUACUCCACGCGUGCCACGAAGCUCGCCGCACACUUGCCCUCAGCUAUAUCAAAGCGUUCCACGAGCCUGCACGAGAUGGUCGAUCAUACAUUUGGGUAGACUUUAAUAUAGAUUCCAUACGUAUUGGGCAAGACCUCCUCAAACUACUUGCAGAAACCCCUCAUGGCCGUACUAUCCGCCAUUUGAUGGUUGAAUGCUCUUACAUGGACCAAUUCUGGGUGGCAGGACCUAGGCGAACAGAUAUUGACUCAACACACCUUUUCGACUUUGAUUGUCUCAAAACCCUCACUAUAAUAUAUAUGGAGGAUAAACAUUACAGCAAACCGGAUGGAUGCUGGCGCGACGACCUCACGGAUAUGUUUGCUGAAUACUAUUACACUUGCAAGCCGGUGCUCUUCGAGAUGAGGGCUAUACAUCCACGUUUACCCGAUAUGGGCGAUGUCAACAGAACCAACUUUGUUAAAAUUAGUCAUGAUAACCGCAAGUCGUUGUGGCAGUCGAUAAGCCCUGGGACCAACGGUGUCUCCGAUUCGGAGGACGAGGAUAUCGAAGGUCGUCAUCGGUGGUUUAGAUGGAAGCACGAUGGAUGUAACUGUGCUAAACGAUAG